AUGGAAGAUCCUGAAGAUUCUUGUUUUAGUAGAUUUGUGCAUGUAUCUAAUGAGGAUAUACCAUUUGAGGUCGAGAAAGUAGAGUACAAUAGUCAGGAUAUGGAUGAAAUAAAACCAAGUGGAUCAAUAGAGGGCUAUUCUGUUUGGUAUUGGAAAAAAGAUGGUAACAUGACAAAUCCGCUUUUGGUAGAAAUGGAAGAAUCUGAUAGUACUUAUGAAUAUCAUUUCAAUAAAAGGAAUAACCAAUGGGAUAAACUUCCUGAACAUAAAAACUCUCAAAACCCAUUAGAUAGCGAAGACCUCGAGAAAGUACUGGAUGACCUUAACUGUGAUCUCAACCAAGCGGUUACCAUGGAUCUAUCCUUUAAGAAUUCUGAGAGUCAUACUAAAAAUGAUGGAAAUGAUAAUCAGUACUGUUGCGGUUACCAUAGGGAUAGAUAUAAAGUUACUGUUAGUAAGGGAUCAGUUAAUGCUGGUAAAGGUGCCAGAGAUAUUCCAUACUAUAAACAUGAACUUUAUUCCGGAGUUAAGCUUGCAAAAAUUAAGUACUAUCCUAAUGGUGAUAAUACUAUUAGGAAGAGAAUAACUAUUACUGGGAUAAACCUUCCCAUUAAAGGCUCACUAAGUGUAUACACUUUUUAUUGUGAAGAUAAGGAUCCAGUGCUUAUUUACCUGGACUAUAAUGAACAGGAUAGUGUUAAAGGAUGGUACAAGAAAAACAAAGAUGAUAUAAAACCAUGGAUAAAAGUAUUGAAUGAUCUCUCCACUAAAACACCGGAUAAUAUCAAGGACUGUAAUGAUGAAUUCAACAAGCUUGUGACGGAACUAAAGGACUUUAAUUGUACAUAUAACGAUUGUGUUGAUGCUACUAAUCAACAAGCCUUAGUAACAACCCAAUCAGAUCCAGGAGUAACAAUUGAGCUUAAACAAAAACCAUCAGGUGCUGAACACAGUGCCACUAUAGAGUACAAGGAUCCCACGGGAAAUAAGAAAAUUACUGUAAUAAGAUAUCCCGGUCCUCCUCAAGGGUCUGACUUCUUAAAGUUUAUCCAUACCCCUAACGGACAAUCAUUCAAACUGAAAGAAGUACAAGAUGAUCUUGGAAAACGUAUAGACGGACCAACAGGAAAUAACGUUUCAUCAGUUUCUGUCUAUUACUGGAAACAUGAGACUAAUAAGAAUCCACUAUUGAUCGAGAUACAAGAUGGUUCUAAGUACUCUUAUUAUACAAAGAGGAAUGGUAAAUGGAUAUCGCAUAAUAUCUCCAAACCUGGAAGUCCUACUCAAGCUGAGUUAGAGCUUCUCAAUUGUGAGAUCAAUGAUGUUGUUCAAAUAGAUGUUACCAAGGUAGGGGGAGAGUAUUGUCACAUGGGGGAUGUUGAAGAUAAUCACGAUGUUAAGAAGGUUAAUGUCACAGAUGUAGCCUGUAACCAACUUGGCAUGUACAAAGCGUAUUCACAUACUCCAUCUUCGGGAGUAUUCAAAAUUUCUACGUUCACUGGUGGUAGGACUCAAACGAUAAAACUUGGAGGAACUCCUGGAAAACCUAUUAAUAAUGUUAAUAAGGUUAUCGUCUAUCUUUGCAUCAGUGACUAUCAAAGGAUUCCUCUCCUCAUUUAUGUAGACUCCGAACAACUUUCAAGCGAUAGGAAGUGGUUUAAGAGUGAAAAUGAAGGUAUAACGUGGAAGGAAGUUGUUGGUUUAAGUAAUGAGAAUGACUAUCCUAAGAUCGUUGAGACUCUUGAUAAACUUGGUAGCAAAUGCGGACCCCCUUCUGUGACAAUCGACGUAUAUAAUAGGCGAAGUACUAUAGACCUUUCUUCUUAUGCAUACUAUUCUGGUAAAUAUGUUAAUGUAACCUCCAAAAAUACUGGGACUUUUACCGAGUAUGUUCACACAAUACAUGGGAGAACCAAAGGAUACUUCACUGUUAAGGAGUUUCAUUACAACUACAAAAGGGUUGGGGGUAAGUUAGGAAGUACAGAAAAAGUCACUAAUGUAUCAGUAUUUUACUGGAAAUACCUGGAGAAGCCAUAUAGAAAUGAAGAUAAAAGAGGCAGACCUCUACUUCUAAAAGUUACUCUGUAUGAAGGAGAUGAUAGAUGGUAUGAGAAUAAGGGUGAGGAUCUUACUAAUAAUACUGAUUGGAAGGAAGUUGAACACCCUUCUGAUCCAGAUAGAGAGUUUAAAAACCCAGCUAUUCUAGAAAACAAACUCCAUCUUCUCAACUGUAAACUCAAUAACACGGUGGUAAUAGAUGUUAGUAAGAAGGACACUACUUAUGAUGCAUGUGAAAAGGAUGAGAAAUUGGAUCCUGCUCACGGUGAGAGAAUACAGAUUUCCAAAGAUACUACCGCUGUAGAUAAACUCGGAGGGUAUGAAGUUUAUACUCACAAGCUCAAAGAUGAUUUACCUGGUACGAAGUUUCAUAUAGUAGGAUUCAUUAAUGGUGGUACUACUUUUAGGGAAAUACUUAGUGGAAUAUCAUCUUUGCCUAUUCUAGAUGUUAGUGAGGUAAAGGUUUAUUUCUGUAAGCAAGAGCCUACAAAGCCUCUUCUAAUACACUACAAUACUUCUAAUGGGGGAUCACACAAACAUAAGUGGUACAAAAAUCCCUCAGGAGAAACCCCUGGUGAUUGGGAAUUAGAAUCAUCAGAGUUAUCUAACGCCGGACCAUGUUCCUAUGAAGAGAUCCUAAAAGUACUCAACAAUCUUCCAAGUAGCUGUAAUCCUGAAGAAGCUCGGAAAACUGAAAAACUUAUUGAUGGGGCCUCUGCUACAGUUCUCACUACUGCUGGAAUGUAUGGUGUUAUCUCUGGUGUUUUUGGUGGAGCUGGUGCAACCGGUCUCGCAGGAUGGAAACUUUAUAAGAACUUUAAAGGAGAUCCCUGGGUACGACAAAUAUGA